AUCAUUUGCCACACUCGCCUUGGCUCAGCAGCACGGACGCACCCGCGGAGGAAGCCACUCAACUACUCCGCACCGGCUGCCUCACUGCCGGCAAGCCACCCACAGCCUACUCGUCACAUGCAUGCAACCCAAAGGACAUCCAGUCAUGAUGUAAACACGGACGGCACAUAUUCAUAAACCAGCGUGGUUCCAGCAGCACCAUGAGUGAGCGUGGCAGCUCUCGCCUACCAGCUCUUCUUCUCCUCCUGACAUUCCUUCUCUUCGCUUCCUCCCUGGAGACUCCGGACCGUCCCCCUAUACGCCCCCUGGUCCCCACCCUGGUCCCCCACCGUCCGACACCUCUCCUGCGCUCCCGCUUCAGCGCCCACCCUCAUCUGGACUUGACCACCCAUUGCAACUCCAGCUGCUUCCACCGCGCAGGAAGACUUCCGGGUCACCAGGCGGCUGACAACUUGGCCUUCGAGACCCUCUACUGGGACGGCUCUCGCACGCUGACCACCGUGGACGUGGAGGAAGAGGGCGGCGGUCUCGUGGACUCAUCACCCAACCGCCGGAUCGGACGGCGGCGCCUGAAGCGUCAGAUCUACGGCGCCGACGGGCGCUUCAGCAUCCAGGGUGACAACUUCCUGUUGGACUACCCAUUCUCGGCGGCCGUGCGCAUCUCCACGGGCUGCACCGGCGUCCUGGUGUCCCGCUGGCACGUCCUGACCGCCGCCCAUUGCCUCCACGACGGCAAGGAUUACGUCAAGGGGGCACGCAAGCUCCGGGUGGGCUUCCUCAUCCCGCCGUCUGUUAACGCGUCUGCAGCGGAACACUCGUCUGGAAAGAAGCCCAUGGUGCGCUGGGUGCGGGUGAGGCGCACCCGGGUCCCCAAGGGGUGGAUCCAAGGCCCUCAAGACCUCAGCAUGGACUUCGACUAUGCGCUCCUGGAGUUGCGCUGGCCCCACCGGCGGGCCUUCAUGCGGCUGGCCGUGGCGCCGUCCCCGGCCGGCCUGGCGGGCCGCCGCAUACACUUCUCGGGUUUCGACAGCGACCGACCCGGAGAGCUGGUCUACCGCUUUUGCCCGGUGGAAGAAGAGUCCAGCGACCUGAUCUACCAGCACUGCGACGCCCGGCCGGGGGCCAGCGGAUCGGGCGUGUAUGGCCGGGUGUGGGACAAUUCCUUGGAACGCUGGGAAAGGAAGGUCAUCGGGAUCUUCUCGGGGCACCAGUGGCUGGAGGUGGACGGAGAGAACCGUGACUACAACGUGGCCGUGCGCAUCACUCCGCUCAAGUUUGCGCAGAUUUGCUACUGGCUGCACGGAAAUCAUUUGGACUGCUCGCAGGACUGACGUGUCCGAGCAUAACUUGUUUGGGAAAUAACACCCGUCAUAAGCAGAGUGGGUGCACGCAUAUCCGGUUUUGUUACUACUCGGCUGAUUUUUGAAACAUGAGAGAGCCCACACAUGACGAUAAGAAAUUCCAAAUCGGAUUCCAACAGAACAGGGAGGGAAAAUGACUCUCAAUGUGUUCAAGGCCGAAAGAUAAUUGCUCAACCCAACUCAAUUGUAUUAAAACAACACUCGUGUAUGAAGAAUGAAUAUCGGUUUUAAAGAUGGACGGCGAGGGGGCUUGCUCAGGAUAAUCUUGUAGAGACAUUUGACAAACUGACCCGAUUUUUUUUUGUAGGUGUAUCGUCCAAUUAAUUGGCUAUCUUUCCAUUUCACAUCCCAAAAUCAGAGAAUCUGGAGCUCAUAUGAACUCCGUGUUGAGAUAAAAGAUUCCAGAGCAUAAACAUUGAACGGGUCUACUAUCUAUGAUCGUUAACCCCGGCUGUUUCGAGAGCAUGACACCAGGUUACUGCUCGAGAUAAUCUUUUUGACAUCUAAUCAUUGGGCCCUUGCUGACUUUGAAUGCAAGCGAGGGGUAUGUUAAAAUUCGGUCCUAUGAUCACCCUUCUUAAUUGGUUCGCGUUCCAAUUCACUUUUCAAUCUCGUACAUACUUCGGCUGAAAUCUUGAUCAUGAUUUGCAAUCUUAAACAGUGAAGAAGUCUAUGGUUCUGUUUCACGUCACAUGAAAGCAAUGAUUUUUUUUUCAUUAGAAAUAUUGAAGAGGUUGAACAUUUACUAGGUUGGCCCUGACAGUUUUGAGAAAAAAAAACUUAACAGACCACAAUAAUCGUUCAGACAUUUUGAGAUUUUACACUUUUCUGAUUUGGAUCGGAAGCUGAAAUUCACCCUAAGCAUCGAUAUGCGUGUACCCUACUCGACUGCCACAUAUUUUUUCCGCUGUACUGUAUUAACAUGUUUACAAGGUGAGAAACAUUCUUCUUGUACAUGACUUUAUCCAUUUACUUAUUUUACAGCAGAAACAGCUAAGGGUUGAUUCUACAUCUUCCGGGAUCCACUUCAUUUUUUUUUCAUCUGAAAAGAAACACGCUAGGAGCUUGACAGACAGAAUGUUAACUUUAUUUUUGGACAAAUGCUUGAUAUAUUUUAAUAAAUAGAUUUUUAUGACA